AUGUCUGAAUAUUAUGAAGGCGAUAAUUCAUGUGUACGUUGUCUACGUAGUUCACCGAUUGCAUCUUUAGUUGGUUUCAUUAUUGUAUUAUUGGGCGGUGGCGCUUUUGGUGGAGCAAUCAUUUUUGCAAGACGUUAUUUAAUUACACUUUUAAAUGCUCCUAAUCUAUUCCCUUACUUGGACUAUGCUAUUUAUGGUCUAGUCGGAGCAGUAGGAUUAUUCUCACUGUUAGCCUACUUACUAUGUGCUCUGUCUUCCGGUUGGAAUGCAAAACACUACUUUGAAAGUAGCCGAAAAGCAUGCUGCGGAAGAUGCUGUAAUAUGACGCUUAUCAUACUUUUAGUGACGGCUGUCAUAUUAUGGUCAGCUAUCGCAUGCCUAGUUAGUUACCCAGUCGUCAGUAUUGCGCUCUUGUUAUACCGAAAUGAAGGACCUAGUCGUUUACGACUAGCCUCUGUCGGACAAAUGACUUCAGCUUACCAUGAUGGUCAAGUGAAUUUUCUUAGUCCAAGCAAUAGUUAUACACGUGAAAUGUUCAAUACCAAUGGGAAAAUAAUAAAACGACGUGAUACAAAAGAAUGGUUUCCUAAUCAUCCUAGUGAUUUCGAUACAGAUGAAAGUACUAUUGCCAUACCGGAUGAUAUUCAAGAUAACCUUCAAACAGAUCCAUCUACUUUAAGCAGAGAUCUAACAGCUACGGUGACGAGUCCAAAAAUGGUCGAUCAGCCACCACCGGUGAUAAGUUCAUUUGUUGAUGAUAAUUUACCAUCAUCGUCAUCAUCGUCAAUACCAUCAAAAUCGUCUUUAAAACCUUUAUCAAAAAAAAUUAUAAAACAAGUAAUGAAUGAUGCUCUUAGUAUUCCAGAAUCUAUCAAAUUGUUUCAUCAAUGUAGUCAAGAGACAUUUGAUUUAUCUUAUUACGGUCUAUACGAUGCCAAUGGUUUACCGAUACAUAUUGCACGAGCUAAUUUCUCUGAAAGAAUAUAUGAUAUUUUAGUCUGUGUAAUUCUCGCUAUCGCUGGUAUAUUCCUAUUACUGUUCGGUUAUAUACAAAUAAUUAUUUGUACUGCUAUGAAUUAUGCUCGAAUGCAAGAGGCUAGAUAUUAUGAAACAUCUGAUGUUGGUGAAGAAGGUGUUGCAUUACAACAAUAA